AUGAAAUCCAUUCUCUCAGCAACCACACUCACCACCCUCCUUAUCGUCCUCUUUGCCAUCUUCUCCACCCUUUCCUCCGCUUCCACCUCCGACCCUGUUGUAACCAACAAAGUCUACUUUGACAUUUCUCACGACUCCAAAGAUGUUGGACGUAUCACUCUAGGUCUAUACGGCAAAGACGUCCCUCGCACUGCUGAGAAUUUCCGCGCUCUCGCUACCGGCGAGAAAGGCUUCGGUUAUAAGGGCUCCAAAUUCCAUCGAGUCAUCAGCAACUUCAUGAUCCAAGGUGGUGAUUUCGAGCGCGGUGACGGUCGUGGUGGUUACUCGAUCUACGGUGGGAAGUUCGACGAUGAGAACUUCAACCUCAAGCACACUGGUCCUGGUGUGCUCUCGAUGGCCAACGCUGGUCCCAACACCAACGGUGCGCAAUUCUUUAUCUGCACCGUAAAGACGAGCUGGUUGGAUGAUAGACAUGUUGUCUUCGGUCGAGUUCUGGAAGGAAUGGAUAUCGUCAAGUACAUCGAAAACGUUCCUAAAGGUUACGGCGACAAGCCUGUCCAUGACGUUAUCGUUAAAGAUUCGGGUGAAUUGCCCGCGGACGAUGGCGAAAAGGUGAAGGACGAACUCUGA